GACUAAAAGUACUGUAAACCAUUUAAACACCAAUUUCCUGAUUGGAGACACUUCACAAAACUGUUUUACUCCACUGAAACACCCAAGAAUUUAAGGAAUCUUUAAGUCUGAUGUGGUGACUCACACACAGUAAACAAACAAGUCAAAGAGGCUGUCUGUUGUCAAAAUAUGGCAGUAUCAUCAGUCUGUCGAUACGACAUUUAUAUAAUAAGUGAUAAUGCUGAGUGGGAGAAUACAACAAUACUUGAGUUGCAGAAAAAGAGACCAGGCAUACAGUGUAUUAGCAGAAAUGAUUGGAUUCCUGGAAGAUACCAACUUGAGAAUUUGGUUGAACCAGUGAGUUUUUGCAAAAUAGUGGUGGUUGGGUUUACUGCAUCAUCAUCAACUGGCAGUCCAAAUUAUCUGGCACAAACAGUUGUUCAAGAAAUGUUGCAGAACAAUAAUAUCGAUGAGGGGAAACUUAUUCCUGUGAGGAUAUCAAAAGAUGCUAAGAUACCAACAUGUCUUAAUGUGUUAACUCCAGCAAAUGGUUGGGAAGAUAAUGUGUAUGAAAAGUUGCUGCGUGCAUUAGAUGGAGCAAAAUUAAAAUUAAAAGUCUGUAUGAAGCCAUCAGGAAACCAAACAUAUGAAGAUUCCCGUACUAUUGUUGUUCAACGCCUUUUAAAAUUAUCCGAGAAUAUGGAUGACAAGAUGUUGGAAAAAUUAUCAGAUGUCCUUUCAAAAAUAGAAAUAGAAAUGCAAUAUGCAAAAGAUGGAUCUAUAAUAUUUUACCUUUCUGUGUGUAGCUCAAAAGCUCUGACAAAUCUAUGGGAAAUCCAUGCAAGUGGGCAACUUACUAAAGAUUUUGCAAAUAUAUUGAUACCAGAAGAGCUACAGAAAGUGUUUUUGGAUAACUGGAUGACAGAAAUCGAUGAAGCUGAAUACAAAUCAGCUCUUGAUAAGCUAAAUGGAAAGGGAUAUUAUUUAAAGGUGGCUACCAGUGAGUUGAAUCAGUUCUUGGAAAAUGUUGAUGAGAAGGUCUUAGAGUGUACCAUCUGCUUUAAGAGACUUAAAAAUCCUAAAUCCCUCACCUGCCUCCAUAGCUUUUGUUUGGAGUGUCUAGAAGACUGGGUUAAGGUGAAGGGUCAGCUGACUUGUCCGACUUGCUCAAAAUCAUAUCACAUUCCAGAGGGUGGGCUACAGGAGCUUCCACCAAAUACCUUUCUAAAUAACUUAUUAGAAACUAUUGAACAAAUUUCAGAAAAAGAUCAGAUGAAAUGUGUUUGCAGAAUGGAAGCACAGGUAAAAUACUACUGCCAGGAUUGCAGACAGUACUUGUGCUCUACUUGUAGUGAUCAUCAUACAAAUUAUAGACUCUUUGCAAAUCACAAGAUGCAUUUAAUGGAGGAGGUGCCAUCAACGAGACCUUGUCACAUGUCUGCAUUACAUCCACCUCUGUGUUCACAUCACGGUAAACCUUUGGAGUUCUACUGCACAGAUUGUAAAACUCCAAUCUGUGUAAAUUGUACAAUUAUGGACCACAAUGCAUGGGAUGGAAAGCACAAAUUUAUUAGCCUUUCAGACGCAUUCCAAGCAUUUAAAGAAACUUCAGCUGCCUUGGAAAAAUCUGCCCAACACUUCAUAAAAAAAUUAGAAGAUGGUCUCAAAGCUGUUUUACAAAAUGCUACAAAAUUACAACAAAGCAAACAUACAAGUUUGAGAGAUAUCGACAAUCAUGUUGAAGAAAUAUUUAAAAAAGUUAAGGAGAAUAGAGACAAAAUGAAAAAUGAAUUAGAGAAAAUCUACAGAAGAAAAAAUAAAGUGAAUGAUGUACAAAUGGAUGAACUAAAAGCAACAAUAUCUGAUGUAAAUACAAAACUGUCUUUUCUUAAUCAAUUAUUGAAAAGUGAUGAAGGCACUGCAAUGCAGUCAAGUGAAACAGUAAUUACAGCACUCAGGGACAGAAUCAAUGAAUUACCAAAAACAGAGCCAGAUGAUAAUGGAGAAAUUUACUACUUCAUAAACAAACAGCAGAUGGCUUCAUUGAGACAAUGUGCUAUAGGGACUGUAACAGAAUUGAGGGCAGCAGACUGUUUAACUUUAAAAGGAGAGGAAUCUGUGAUCACAGAUCAGACAAUUAUUGUCAAAAUAAUCGAAACAGAUGAACAUGGAAUAUAUGCAAAUCAACUGAAGGCAACAUGGACACAUCCUACAGGGGAAACCAACAUCUCUCAAGUUCAGGAAGAUAACAAUGGAGAUUAUUUUGUGACAGGAAAAUGCACAAGUCCAGGAGUUUGUAAACUAGAUGUGAGUGCUGGUGAUGAGCCAAUUAAACAAUCACCAAUGAUAAUCAAAGUAGAAGAGGGAAGAUUAUUAAAUACUAUUCAUAUAAAUGCAACAUUUAUUAGAGAUGUAGUUAAGUGUGAAGAUGACUCCUUACUGGUUUCAUGUGCAACAAAUGAAAUGCUCAAGUACAAGCAAUCAGGAGAAUAUAUUGGUAAGGUUACACUACUACAAGGUGUGCGAGUUCACAGAAUGUACAAAAUGAAGAAUGGUAACAUAGCAUUCACUGAUUUUAAUAUUAAUACACCUAUCAAAAUAUGCAAUAUGAAUGGUCAGGUGAUUAAAAUAAUUGGUGAGGGAGUACAGAGUACACCACGAGGUAUUCAUGUGGAUGAGAUGUCUAAUGUUUUGUAUGUAGCAGAUUUUGACAAUAGCUGUGUGUACAUGUUUGACAUGAAUAAUGGCAAGACCAUCGAAACAAUAGGGUCAGAAGAUACAAAAGCAGGUCAAAUGAGUUAUGUCAUUGAUGUUACUCUUACAAACCAAGGACACCUUCUUGUAUUGGAGUAUGGCAACAGUAGAUUACAAUUAUUUAAUAAUGAGGGAAGGUUUAUAAAAGUCCUUGUUGAAGCAGGUGAUGAGAAUGGUAAGGUGAGGUAUCCAUGUGGAGUAGUAGUUGAUGAGGAUGACAACAUCAUUAUAUCAAGUCAACACAAACUACAGCUCUUCAGUAAUGAUGGAAAUUUCAUUAAAAGAAUUGAUAAACCACAAGAUGGAAUCAACUAUCCAUGGGGAUUAUCUAUCAUUUCAUAUCAUCCAAGGAGACUUGCAGUAACAAAUUAUGGUAAUACAACAGUAAAAAUAUUCAAUUAUUAAAUAUUGACAGUCCAUUUGCUUCCACUUGUGUGUUUUUAACAAUUCAAAUUUAUAAGUGUAGUAAUAUCUACAUAUCCAUUAUUUCAUAUCAUCCAGAAAGAGUUAAGUUAUGGAUCUUAAACUUAAAACAAUUAUUGAAUACAAUAAUAUCGAAAUAUUAAGUUGGCAUAAUUGUUAUAAACCUGUUAACAUAUUUGAUUAUUGAAUAUCAUAUCCAUAUAGAGCUAAGUUACGUUUUUUUUAAACUGUUAAAAUAUUAAUUAUUCAACACAAUGAUAUCUAUAGAGUUGAAGUUAUUAAACUGUUAAAAUAUACAAAUGAAAACAAUACUACUGUAAUCUGCCAAUCUCAUUUGUAAUUCUCAUCAAAUUUUAAGCACACACUAUUGCUCUAAUGAUUUUAUUUUUUGUGGUGCUUUUCAAAGUAGAAAAUUUUAAUCACAUACACAUACAUGUUAUUUUCUUGCAUAUUGAUGUUAAACAUUUUACUUUUCAAUCUAUUGGGGCUUUUUUGUACAGCCUAUCAACUUAUCUCUUUGAUUUUCAUAAAUUUUGAUAAUUGCAAGUUUGUUUUGUAUUUUUUAGUUCCUGUAUAUUUCCUUUGUGUUUUUCUGUAUAAAAAAACUAACAAGCUCACAACAUUAUAAAUACACCAGACAUUCAUAUCCAUUAAAUGAAUAAGAUGCGCUGAGUCAGAUUGAUUAUUCUGGUAUAUAUUUAAUUUUUCUUAAAAAAAAAUAAACUUAAAUCUGCCUAAUUAAUCUGAUUCAAAGUGGUGGAGACAGGGAAAUAUUUAAAAGGGGUGGGGAGUGGUAAGCAUUUUAUUAUUUCAUCAUCAUAAAAAGAAUACACUGUAUAAUGAUUUAGUAGUUAAGCUUAGCUUUAGUUUGCAUUCAUCAUAAAUAUAAUCUGUAUACAACCAAUAAAUUUAUAGAUAUUUAUAUAUACUUUGACAAUAAAAUAUCUGAAUCUGAUAUGUAUGUACAGUAUAAUAAGCAAUUAGUAGAGCUCCGCAUAGUACACUAUAGGAAAAUUAUUAUACAAAGGUUGGAUUUAAUGCUUGAAAAAAAUUUGCUAAGGGCCUACGAGGCCUGAAGGAAAUUUUUGAAUGCAUUAAAUCAAACCUAAUUUUCCAUCAGCGUAUGAUGCAUGCUCAACUAAUUGUUGCUUCACCGUCUUUUAACUUCAGUUUUUGAUAACCAACUGUUGUAGCAGUCAUCGGUUGCUAUAGUGAUAUGAUCAGUAUAACUGUGCAUAUUUUUAAUUGGCUGAGCAUAUGCUGAAUUUUGUCCUGCAGUACGCUUUUAAUUAACUACACAUCAGCAGUACAGUAUGGAUACGAUGAAUAAUUAUUGUAAUUUGUGUUGUAUUAGAAAGAACUUGUUUGUAAUGCUAUUUUGAUAUACUUUCAUCAAAGAAAUAAACAUUCCAGCAUUUGAGAGAGAACACAGUCACUGACCUCAUUGGUCGGUGCAUGCAGACAGCUAAAAUCGUGCGAUGAUUACAAAACUAGGCUAGGCCGGGCCUAAUAGUAGAGGAGGCCUAGGCGGCCUCCUGCCAGGCUGUAGGCCUAAAUCUUACUUUGUUCCUUGAGUCUUUAAAAUAGGUCUAGAAUAUUCCUAUUAAAUGUUCAGUUUGUUGAGUUUAUGAGGGUCUAUUGAUUCAAUGAAUUCCUUAAUUGUUCUUACUUAAUAUUGAAUUGAAGUAACUUUCUUUGGGAUCUAAUUAAGCUUGAUGUACAAAUGUAAUUUUGAAUUACAAUUGAAUUUUCAAUUUUUCUGCACACAAACCUAAAAAAAAUCAAGCCAAGCGUCCACUAAUUGAAAAAUUCUUAGAUGGUGGGAAAUUAACAAAUAACAUUGGAAGUUGCAGUGCUGACGUCAUGAUUGACUUAUAAUUGUUAUUACUGUAUACGAUUCAGUAACCUUAGCUUUUGUUUCUAUUGUGGCUUAAUUUGUAGUACAGUUACUGUAAUCUAGUAGUACACAGUAGUUUGUGGUCAUGUAUUACAAAAAACUGUAUCUCAUGAUUACUCAAGAUUGAAUCCUAUGAUUAGUUAUUAACACACAAAUCAAACAGCUGAUCAUACCUUAUUAAAAAAUCUUUGAAAAUGUCUGAUGGCUCUUGGCAGAUAACUGACACAGUAAAUACUAAGCUCCGCCUCCUCAUCAUCUGUGUUCUGAUAUCAACGAAAUAGAAAGAAAAGAGUCAUCUAUUAGGUGUUCCAGAUUCUCUUUACAAUAUAUUAAUAUACUGAUUGACAAAGGGGGCUUCUUCUUGCUUAAAAUGUAAAUUCUAUUAUUUUAUUUUUUGUAUGACAGAAAUGUUUAUUUAGCUUUUGAUGUAAAAUGUUGGUACCACACCUACAAUCGACUUAAAAUAAAAUACAUUAUAAAUAAAAAUUAAAUACAGUUAAACUACUUAAGUUGACCUUGCCUACCUCGAAUAAUUUCGAAGUCGAAAUUAUUUUACAUGCCAAAAUGUUGUUUUUAAUUAAUUAACAAUCUGUAAGUCGAAUUUUAUCU